ACAGGUUUGAUGAUGGUGUGUUUCGCAUGGGAUGUACAUUGUGAGCUGGGAGGCUGCAAACCAAGCCGCGGGACAGGGGAGGGGGGCGGGGGUCUAUGUCGUGCAUGGGAGCAGCCUGCCAGGGGGGGAGGGAGGGAGGGAGGCAAGGUGAGCCUAACCUCGGUCCAGGGGUCCGGCGCACUUACGAGGAGCUGGCCGGGGCGGUGCCCGAGGCGGGGGGGAUGUUCCACCCGGCAGCGGCGGUCGGCUGGCUUUGCAUGGCGGCCUGCAGACGCGCCUCAGCCUCGGCGGCCGCCGCAUUGGCCGCCUCCAAGGUCAUGAGCUCGUCAUACACGCGCCUCCGGCGGUCCAGAUCCCAGCGCACGAAGAUGUAUGCGCCGAGGGUCAUCCCAGACAGGAUGCCCCUGCGCGAGGACCAGCCAACCGAAAAGACAGAGGAGGAGAGGGGGAGGGAGGAACGGGUGAGCGGGAGAAGAGAAAAGCAACCCGGGGAAUGACUGCCACAUCCACGGGCACAGGGGGGACGUACCACCACUUGAAAAUCUGACGAGGUCCCAUGGUGAGCGGUGUGCUGAAGGAGAGGAAGAGGAAGAGGGAGGUGAAGAUGGGAAGUAGGGAGGUGCUGGAUCGCGGACGUCACUCCGGCGCCGGGUAGGUCGCCCUUUGCGGCUGUUUCCUCCUUUCCCCGCCGGCGGGAAGCCGGACAGGGGAUCCGGCCUCGUUCCCGAGGAAAAGACCGCCUGCGAGCGUGCUGCCCUCUGCUCGGCCCUUGCCCGAGGCUUCACGUACACA